CGGUUCCAGCGUCGGAUUGGGCGCCCUUCUUGGUCCGCGCCAUUGGGCGCUCUUUCGGCACAUUGGCGUUACGUUGCUCCGCGCUCGCCGCGAAUCUUGAUCGUUGUACUGUGCCGCGCGCGACGGGGAGCUGGGGAGUUCGGCUUCUUCGGGAUUCUGUGCGGCUUCGCGCGCAGCGAGCGAGCGAGUUCGGGCGGAAUUUGACGAUCGAUUCUUCGAUCGAUUGAUCAAGCGAUCGAGCGCGACCGAGCUAAGCGAGUCGACGAAAAAGUCGGUUUUGGUUCGGGCGGAAUUGCGACGGUGCUCGUCGCUGUGAGAGUCGACGAGGAUUUGUUGGAGGAUUCGGGUGUUUUUUCGCUCGAUUUUGUGCUCGGGGGCGGAGUUUUUUUUUCGUCUUCGUCAGCUUGCGGGCCUCGAGAAGCGAGUAGUGGUGUCUUGGACUGUUAUCCGUACAGCUUCCGAUAAGCGCCGUCGGAGUAGUGGCUGGUUCGGUGGGAGUUGUACCAAGUGAAUUUAGUUCAUUGGGGAAGGAAGAGAAUUUGGCCCCUGUGGAUGGAUGGUUUGCAUAAUUUCUGCGAGGUGGACGGGAGACGCACUGUGUGAAUGUUGAUAGUACGAUUUCGACAGCUUCAUUUAUCUUCUUGAAUUCUGAGCUGCAUCUUGCCCAGGAUCCUGAUGUUGUGCAGCGAGAGCCGCACAAUUCUGUGAGAAGUGCUCGGUAGGUACUCUGCAUUGGCAAGUUGGACAUGCACACGAGUGGAGUGUGAAAUUGUGCCCUUCCAGGUGUCCUCAAAUCACGACUUCAGCUUUUUGGAAACUCGAUUCGUUGAUACUUAUCUGAAUUCCAUUUCAGCGCGAAAUUCACUCACGUAAUACAGUUCAAUUAUAAUGGCGCUCCUUGUGAGCGCGCACGUGUCGUGCUUAUCAGUUCCUGCACUCAGCAGUUUGAAACCUGACACAGUGAAGGCUUACAUCGAUGGAAGCUCGAGAGAAUUUUGCCCGAACGGAACUUCUCGAGAUUGUCGUCAUACAGCUAAGCCGACCUCUGAACUCGCCUUCUCCACAAUUCUUAGAACCAAUUUAAAAGGUAGCUCAACCAAAACUCGCUGCAUUCGGAGGAAACCUCACAAGAGUGAAAGAGACGGAGCAGGUGCAGCGCAGCAUACUUCUUAUGUCGGAUCGAAUUGUAGGCAUUUCGUUUCUCCUGAAGGAGAUUUUGCCAAGAGAAGGGUCAACCGAGCUAUUCGUGGAGUUGCCACGGAGGCUGGACAAGUUGAGGUGGAAGUACUUGAGAAACAAAUGAGAAGUACGCCACAGGAGGUGGUGCAGGAAUCCACCUAUCUGGACACUGCGGGCAAAACGAAGUUGAUAAGUGUCCAGGAUUACAUGGAACAGGUACCCGAUUUUUUAAAAAACGACAAUGGACCUCCCCGGUGGUUCUGCUCGCUGGAUGCAAAGGGCUAUCCUAAGGAUGCACCUCUGCUACUCUUCAUUCCAGGAAUGGAUAGCAUGGGGUUGGGACUAUUGCUACACCAGAGAAAGCUUGCUAGAUUGUUUGAAGUGCGGUGCCUACACAUACCUCUUCAGGAUCGCACCUCUUUUGUUGGCCUCGUGGAAUUUGUGGAAAAGGUGGUGAAGGAGGAGAGCGCCAAACGACCUGGGCCCAUCUACCUAUUAGGAGAGUCAUUUGGAGGGUCUAUGUGUUUAACCAUUGCUGCGAGGAAUCCAAAGCUCGACAUUGUCCUGGUCCUCGUAAACCCUGCCACAAGUUUCGGAAGUAGUCAGCUGCAACCGUUGAUACCACUACUGCCUAUAGCACCGCCUGAAGUUUUUCGCUUAUUACCAUUUGCACUCAGCUUCACAAUGGGUGAUCCUGUCAAGAUGGCAUCGGCGAGUGUGGACAGUACACUUCCAAUCUGGGAAAAGCUUCCUAAGUUGGCGGAUGCCUUGACUUCAUUGCUUCCCACCCUUCCGACAAUUGCAGAUUUAAUGCCCAGGGAAACGCUGGCUUGGAAAAUUAAAUUGCUCUCCGAUGGUGCCAAAUAUGCUAACUCCCGACUUCAUGCAGUGAAAGCGGAUAUCUUACUUCUAGUUAGUGGGAAGGAUCAGAUGCUCCCGAGCGUAGAUGAAGCAAGGAGACUGAAGGAGAUUCUACCUCAAACAAAAAUCCGGCUUUUUAAAGAUAGCGGACAUACACUGCUAUUGGAGGAGGGAGUUGAAGUUGCAAGUCUCAUAAAAGCGACUAACACAUUGCGCCACUCGAAGAAGUUUGAUCCUAUCCGGGACUUCAGACCACCCCAGCAAGAUGAGAUCGAACUGACUCGCAAUACCAGCAUUAGGACUGUUCGUCAAAUUUUUAGCCCAAUUUUUCUGAGUGCUACCGAGGAUGGGCGGAUCCGCAGAGGAUUGCCAAAAUUAACCGAAGGCAAACCCUUGCUCUUUGUCGGAAAUCACACUUUUAUAGGAUUUGACUUAGGAAUGAUCGUUGACGAGUUUUUGAAGAACAAAGGUAUACUGCUACGCGGGCUUGCACAUCCAGUUAUGUCGAUAGAGAAUCAAGAUCUCCAGGAGCCAGGUGGUGGUGACCUCUUCCGCUUGUUUGGAACCGUGCCAGUCAACGGAAAUAACCUUUAUAGGCUGCUUUCCCGAGGUGAAGCAGCCCUGCUCUAUCCAGGAGGGGUCCGUGAAGCACUGAAAAGAAAGGGCGAACAAUAUCAACUUAUUUGGUCUGAGAGAGCAGAAUUCGUUAGAACGGCCGUUCGCCACGGUGCUACGAUCAUUCCGUUCGCUGCCGUCGGAGGGGAUGACAUUGUUGAGAUUGUGCUCGACCAGGAUGAACUUUUAGGAGUUCCUUUCCUUGGAGACUAUCUCCGAAAGUCGGCUAGCGCAUUCCCUGCGGCGAGAAUGAACGCCACCGGCGAAGUUGCGAAUGAAACGUUUGUAUUCCCUCUGGCGUACCCCAAGAUUCCACCUAGAAUGUACUUUUUAUUUCAACAACCCAUUACUACUGAAGGAAUGAUAGACUCGAUCAACGACAGAGACGCAAUGAAUGACCUUUACCUCAAGGUCAAAGACGAAGUAGAGUCUGGACUGGAUUAUUUGCAGCAGAAGAGGAAUGCUGACCCUUACAAAGAGUUUGGUCCGAGAGUCUUGUAUGAGGCGACGAACGACAGUCAAGCGCCAACGUUUGACUACUAGAGUCUUGUAUCACUUAGGCCAAACCUCCUCACCCAUUGCGACCCGAGGUAAUCGUAGAUUUUGCCUCAUGUUAAUAGUCCGUCCAUCCUGUACAUUAGUCAGGCACAUCUGAUUGAUAGUCAUGCAUACCUACGGAUCAAAAGUACUAAAAAUGCUGAUGAUGAGGCAGCUUAGAGCCCAUUGUUCACAAACUGGUACUUUGACUGAGAGUAUGCCUGGAGUGUCCAUUCAGUUUCGAGUUCCCUGUCACCUGUCCAGUAGCAAUUUUAAGGGUCGAAGCGGACAUGGGAGUCUGUAAUUUAUAGCGUCUUUAAGUAAAGCUGCUGUAUCAUUAGAUCCAUUUUUGUUCAACAAAUUCG